UUGUGUAACUAGCUUAUAAUGGAGAUACAGAGAAAACUUGAUUUGAUGAAUUCCCAAAUAAAAAACAUAUGUUCCUAUUAACACGGACACAUCAACAUAGUUUCAAAUUUGAAUGGUUUCUGAUAGCUGACACAUCACAAAGUAUUCCUACACAGUAUUUUAUUUCGACACCUGCGACCGGAAGUACUGCUAUUUGUUUGCGAUAUACAAUCGCUCAAGACACCGCCAUCCUUUUCAAGCUAACGAACACUGCCUCGCAAUCAUACACCACCUAAUGUGAGCUCUCUGUAAGCUCACUGUAAGGAGGAUUAAGUUGUUGUUUCCAGCUCGGUUGUGUAACUUCGCCGGAUGGAGAUGGACGACGAGCUGGAGAACUUCAUCAUGGAACGCAAGGCGAGGGUGGCAGAGGAUAAAGCCUGUUUAGAACAAGACCCCCCAUACAUGGAAAUGAAGGCAAAACCCUACCGAGGCUACGGGUCUACUGCUAAGGAGAACAUCCCUCCUAAGUCAAAAGCACAGGGAAGAGAGGAGAGCUGCAGUGUGGGUCUCCCCCUUGGUGUGGAGUACGAGAGGAAGAAACAGAGGCUGCAGCACGAGCUUCGUAUGGACUACAGGCGCUACAUGACUCGGAAAAACCAGUUUGAACGUGUUGAGACUGCAGGACCAUUACUCCAGUUCAAUAACAGGAGGCCUGUCAAGCCACGCCUGUCUGUGCUCAAACAGAAGGAUGUAGCCACUCUAACAGAGGAGAGCAGGACGCUACACAGGCCUCUGUGCCUAGCUGAGGAUGAAGAGAGGCAGUCGCCAGCGCUCUUCAGGCAUCGAGACAGGCUGGGGAGGCCAACGGACCAGGAGUCAGAGGGAGAGGAGUGUAAAGAUGAAGUGGAGCUGAUUGAAGGCACAAGACGUAUGGCAGUUAAUGGCAAUUAUGAGAAGAGACGACCUACAAAGACCGAUGGCAGGGAAGAUUCAGCUAGUGUUACCAGAGAUGGACAGACAUCCAGAGUGCGGAACAAAUCUGCAGAUGCUGAGUUUGCCACUGGCCUUUUAAUAGGAACAGUUGAUACACAUGAGGCUUUGCAGAGGAGGAAGGAGCGCUACCGACAGGAGCUGCAGGAGCAGAUAGCUGAGCAGCACCGCAACAAGAAGAGGGAAAAAUAUUUCGAGUUGAAAGUCGCAGCAACAGGAAUAAAUGACCCUGAGAAACAGCCGGACCGAAUCAGACAGUUUGGACUGAGCAGAAGAAAAGGUGCCCAGGUGUCAGAUCCUGUAACCACAGGUGAUAGAUCAUCAUCAAGUGCUCUACCUGACAUCGAGAAGAUUGGUGCUAGAGAGAGGGAAAUGCCUCCCCUCGGGCAGGCUCACGUGGCCUUCCCGUCCCCUUUGCUGGAGUAUAGCUCUGCCCUGGGCUUAGGUGGAAGUGGUCUGCCUCCCAACAGCAAGCCUGCCAACCCUGUGACGUCCAUGGACAUCCCUAGACAUCCUCUGUUUCAUCCCCGCCCACCUCCUUCAGUGAGUGAUGCAUACAGAAGCCCCUACGUAGAGCCACAUCACUACGCCAACAGAAGCAUGCUUGAUCCAAACAUGGCCUACUACGGGCACAUGCCUGCUCCUGGUGCUGGCUUUCCCACGCCCUACUGGAAUGUCCCACCAGGGGAAGCCGUGCCCAGCCAGCUUGGUAACCACAGCCCUCAGAGCCAGCACAGUGGCAGCAGCUUUCCUGAGCCUCCUAUGCAGCCCAGCAACGAGACGGCUACUGAACCAUCGCAUGCCUACAUGUUCCCUUCAGAGAGAUCCAGAUCAGCCAGGGAAAGGAUUUUGAGCUACAGGGAUGCUCUGAAACAACAGGAAGCUUCCAGGAGUGGAAACGGUGAGCUUUACAGCAAGAUCCAGGAGCAACAGGAGCGGAGGCGUCAGGAGAGGGAGGACAGGGAGCGUUACGAGGCUCAGCUGGAGGCUGACAUGAAGAACCACCAGCCCUGGGGGAGAGGUGGAGGAGGAGCGCCGCUGAGGGACAGCACUGGAAAUCUCAUUGCUGAUCUCAGUCAGAUGCACAAGCUGAACAAGGAGGCGUACAGCAACCCGGAGCAGCGGCAGAGGAGAGCCACAGCUGCUGCGGCAGCCAGCCGGACUGAGCACCUGGACCCCAAUGAGAGGGUUUCUGGUUUCACCCAUGUACAAACCCCACAGUUUGCCAGAGGCAAAGUAUUUGCCAGCCAGCCCACAGAGCAACAGCUCCAGGAGCAGGACAAGUACAAAGCUUACCUCAAACAGCAGAUCGAGGAAAAAAUGCAUAAAAGGGCAGAGGAGAGAGAACGAAUCAGGCUGGAGGAAGAGAAGGAGGAGAAGAGGCUGGCAGAGCAGAGGGCUCGCAUCCAGAGGGAGUACGAGGAGGAGCAAGAGAGGAAGAAACGAAAGGAAAUGGAGCAAAAGGCCAAGAAUGAGGAGCUGAUUCAGCUGGCUGAACAGAGGAAGAAGGAAGCUGAGAGGAUAAAGAAGGAAGCAGAGGAGAAGGAGAGUGCGAUACUGAGGAGACAGUAUGAGAUAGAGAGACAGGCACGGGUGGAAGAGGUCUACAGGGAACCCUCACCUCCAAUCCCCACUCUGCAGAAGAAACGUGGCCUUCACCAGUAUACCCCCAGACCUCCCACUGCUGACAGCCAACACUCUACAGUCCCAUCGUCUGAGCGGUCUCUGUCCGGUCUGCAGUCCCCUCCCGUCCCUGCUUGUAGGAACCAGUUGCGAGCUGCAGGAGACCGUUGCGAUCUGUUCAGUGAGCUGUCAGCAUUGCGUCGGCAGCUCCGCAAUGAACAAAAACGCCUGGAGGGUGACCUGCAGCAGGCGGAUUGGGAGGAUUUAGACUCUCCUCUGAAUAACAGGUAUCGCGAGCGUGCUGUGGUGGAUGUGUUUGAUAUGGCCAGGCUGAGGCUCCAGGCUCCAGUUCGUAGGCCUAACUCCAGAUAUACAGAGCCACGAAAUUUGUUACGAAUCCAGGACUCCCUUCAGCUCAAGUACAGAGAUGAAGAAUCGAAGUUGGGCUCCAGUGAAGUUCCUAAACUAGAGGAAGUAGGUGGGACCAGCAGACGGAGGCGGGACUACAGGGAUUCAUAUCACCAGUUGAGCAGCCAGAGGUCUACGGUCCAGGACGAUUAUUUCGACCUGUCCCCACCACAGCAAAAUGAUCUACUGAGGAGCGAGACCAGGGGAUCUGCAAGAGGUUCUCUGCUGGAGUCAGAGAGUGCUUUCAUUGACCCUCUGGGCGAUGGCUCGUCAGUGCUGCAAACCCCAGAACCCGAGAAGACUCGUCAGCUGUCGGCCCGGGAGAGGAGGAGGCUUUCCAGACAGUCACAGCGCCCACAGGAGCGAGCUGCUUCUGGCCACCCUGUUGGUCAUCAUGAUGAUUACUCCGGCCACGCAGUUACCAGACAGCGGCAGAAUGAGGAUGGGGAAUGGGGAAACCGGAACAGGACGGGUCAUCAGGCUCUCAGUCGUCGUGGCAACACAGCUGCACCGCUGGAUCUGUCUAACGACGACGACUCUCCUCCGCGGUUUUCUCUUCAUAAUCGUCAGGGGUCUAUAGAAACCGAUCGCUGGAUACGGCCAGAAACAUCAGACACGCUGAAGUGUUUAGACCGUGCGAUCAGAAGGGAGCGGCUGGCAACGUAGCACCUUGUCUCCUAAGAUUUGGAGGGUCCUUUUGAUUUUGAGUGCAUAAGUUCAAAGUUGGUUUUAAUUUAUUGCUUUGAUUAAAGAUAAAUGUAAGUUACUGUCAAGGAAAAGAUGUUUCUCUUUUUGCUUCUGUUGAAACCUCACAGUUGUAAUCCAGUGUGGGAACCUUUGUGGUCUUUUACAUGUAAAUUAUUGUUUUAUUGAAUCUAUUU